AUGAAACCGACAUUCUUUAAGGGAGGAAUAGAACCAAUGAAAGCUGAAGCAUGGGUGUUGGGGAUAGAGAAGCUAUUUGAAGUCUUUCCCUGCACAGAAAGCUCAGAAGUACUUCCUCAAAGCAUGCGGGAUAAGAAGGUAACAGAAUUCGAAACUCUCAGGCAAGGGAACAAAACCGUCGCUGAAUACGAAGCCCAAUUUGCAGAGUUAGCUCGGUUUGCACCCCAUAUGGUGGAUACGGAUUAUAAGAAGACGCGUAAAUUUGAAGGAGGAUUACGGAGCGCUAUCCUGGAUAAGGUUAACAUGUUGAAGUUACCUACUUACGUUGAUGUGUUGGAAAGAGCCGUCAAUAGCGGAAGGGAAUCUCGCUACUCCAGAGUCGAAUUUCGGAAUGGAAAGGGAAAAGGCAAAUACUCAAUGGUCGAAGGGAUCACCUACUCCACCAAACAAAAAGCAGACUUUACGGAGUUCAAAUACUUCUACCCCUAG